CGUAAGUAGUAUAGAUAGAUAUAGAUUAUACAAUUUUUAAAAAAUAUAUUAUUAUAAUUUUUUUAAUUUUUUAUUUUUAUGUUAGACGAGAAUUCCGAGCAAUGCCUCGGUUCUCGGGUAAUCACUGAAGUGUCAGUCGGUAUGCAAAUAUGCAUCCGGGUCUCCUCUCCGUCCCCAUCAAUGGCCUCCGCCAUUACCAAACUCAACGAGCUUUCCAAGAUUCCCCCGAACCCUCUCUUUCUCUGGAAGCAAACCCCACCAUUCCGAACCCCAACCCUGAUCCCCCACCCCUUCUCCCUCCACCGCCGCCGCCGACGCCGCCCAUGUCCCUCUACCGCAUCCCCUCCCUCCGUAGCUCCGUCGGAAGCAAGAGCGCCGCCCUCCACCUCCCUCCCCCCGACGGCGGCGACGGCGGAGGCGGCGGCGGCGGCGGGGGGGAGGAGAGGUCGAGCGCGCUCCGCUCGUCGUGGAUCAGCCGCCUCCACCUGGAUACACUCUCGCUCCCCUCGUCGUCGUCGUCGUCCCCGUCUCGCCCCAGGGCCGUGAACUCGUCCGCGUGCACCACCCCGGGCGGCGGCUCCGGCGCCGCCGCGCUCGCGAUCGGCCGCCGCAGGCACAGCGUCUCCACCGACGAGUCGCGCACUCCGACCUUGGCGCCCAACCUGCGCUACCUCGGCUCCUUCGGCGGCCGGAGGCCCCCAUUGUUGGCCGCCUUCCGAGCGGAUCGGGCGAGGGAGGUGGAGAUGGUCGCCGGGUUCGGCCCCUUUCGCGUUACGACGAGGAAGACAUAUGACGGCGGCGGCGGCGGCGGCGGCGGUGGGAGAAGGGUGAUUUUUCCCCUGUCUAAGAGGAGUUCUCAUCUCGGCGGCAGCGGCAGCAGCGGCGGCAGCGGCGGCAGCGGAGGAGGAGGAGGAGGGGAGCCGAUCAACUACUUGCGAUAUAAGGAGAAGUGGGAAUCGGAGAAGAAGCCGAUCGAUGGGCAAAGUGGGUUUCAGCUCUCGCCCUUCUUUCAAUUCCGGCCUCCUCUAAACCCUAGCUGUGUGGUUCAUGGCAGAGUUGAGGAUUCGCUUCACCUAUCGAGGGAAAAUGGUCUAAUUGUCCCUGCGAGAGAGGAGAAUGUAGACUUCGCUGGUCGUGUUAGGGUUUCAAGUAAUGGAGUUAACGGUCCGCCGUUGUUGUUGCCAUCUUUCUCUCAGAGGAGGUUGAUUGAUGUUGAUGACCUGCCACCAUCGCGGAGGCCGCAGGAGCAACUUCCUCUUGGUGAUCACUGGCAUGCUAGUACCUCUGCUCAACCUGCAUCACAAAGCAUAGGUGCUCCUUACCAUUCUGAUGGUGUUAAUAAUGCUUCAAGUCAACCAUUUCAUGACCCUCAUUUGGUACACUAUCCUAUGAUACGGCGCCAGACUGAGAGACCCAGUUGCAUGAAUCAGCCUGAAGAACCUUUUUCCUUUUGGAACAUGGGCAGAUUUAGGAGGACAAAUACAAUUUCUUCUGUCUCUCCAUCCAUUGCUUCACCCAGCAAUCUUGGUAGGAAAAGGAAUUCAAAUACAAAUGACUUUCUCCCAUCAAAAUCUAGAAAGUUAGGUGGUGGGAGUUGAUGCAGAUAUGGAGGGAGCAUGAAUCCAUGAUAUACCGAUGGCCAAACAAAAAGGAGAAGACAGCUGAUACUGUUGGAGAGUUGCAUUCCGAAGCUCGUUACUUAGAAUGAUGAGGGUGAGCAGAUCUCAACUCAAGAUGAAUCAUCUCUUGAAAUAUCUUUGCCUAUUCUUGUUCAGGAAGCAUUUCCUCUGGUGUGCAGAUGAUUAGUACCAGUAAGCAGUAAUAGCUCUUAAUCUAUAGAUUGGAAAGGAAUGAAGUGGAGAAUUGUGGUAUUGUUGUAUUUAUGAAUUAUUAAUGUGUCAGUUGAUCUGUCGAAUCCCCUGUAGCAUGAUAUUGAUACUAAUAGUAUUGUGUUGUAACAAUUGACAUUUAAAUCCAUAUUUUUUUUAUUGAAGCCCCUAUCUUUUUCUA